AUGGGGUCAAGCUUUCACAUAUCCCGCCAGGAUUUAUCAAUCCACUGUUGUCAGUUGACAAGACCCAGCAUGGAUAAAGGCAACGCAGAAUGUAGAAGAAGUCUUCAUUUGCCGAACAACCGAAAGUUUAACUUUGCCGAACUAUAUACGAUAAAUAUGUGCAUUGAGGAGUGCAAUUACAUCAGCUCCGGCUACAUUGAAAUAGAUCCACCCUAUCGAUUGGAUCUGGUGAACGUCGCCAUCAACCUGAAGUCAGUCGCUCCACAUCCGCAGCUGGAAUCGAUUCACUUUUUGCUGGAUGCGUACAAGAAAUGCGAGGUUUUCCGAUCUCGGCACGGAGGGAAAUUCACUCUCCACCUGCCGGAUAUUGAGUUCAUCGAGGAGCGCUGCAACCCCUUCUCCCUGCAAAUAACCAUAUGUCUGCGCAUCCAUGCCAUGCAGAAGUGCCCCAGUCGGUUUUUCGUGGACAGCGAGCAGUGCCGAGUGGCCAGGAAAUACUUCACCCAGUGCGUCGGGGAUAUCGAGGGCAAUCUUGCCUAGGCAUCAGCCAAAAAUAUGCGAAAGUCCACGGACUGUCCUUUGAAAACUUCAAUUGGAACCUGCUAAAAGUGUGUUGGAAAAUAAAAGAAAGAGUCAUAAAAGUCAUAGAUGAAAUAUGGCAAUUUGACUGCCGAGUCCUUGGUGCGGGCGACUGCCACUCUGCUCCUGGCUGCACUGUCACAACUGCAAAUUGAAUCACACUCACACACACACAAAAA